AUGGAUAAUGAUGACCUUCAUGGAAGCAAUGGUGGAAUGCACAACAUUGAUGAAUCUCAAGAUCCAAUGCAUUUGCAAUAUGAUCAUCACGGCUUGCACCAUAUCAACAAUGGAAAUGGUAUGAUGGAUGACCAUGCUGAUGAAGGUAUGAAUGAGGGAGUGGAGACAGGAAUUCCUUCUCACCCUGGAAUCCCAUCUGAUCAUCGCGGGGAAGUUGUCGACCGUGGUAGUGAAAAUGGAGAUCAAUUGACAUUGUCCUUUCAGGGGCAAGUUUAUGUUUUUGACCGUGUCAUGCCUGAUAAGGUUCAAGCUGUGCUUUUAUUACUUGGUGGACGGGAAGUUCCACAUGCAGCCCCGACAACCCUAGAAUCACCUCAUCAGAUCAAUACGGGUCUAUCUGGUAUUCCUCCAAGGCUUAGUGUCCCGCAGCGGCAAGCCUCGUUGAUUAGAUUUAGGGAGAAACGAAAAGGGAGGAAUUUUGAUAAGACAAUUCGCUACACAGUCAGGAAAGAGGUAGCCUUGAGAAUGCAGCGUAAGAAAGGUCAGUUCACAUCUGCCAAGUCAAGCAAUGAUGAUUCUGCAUCCACUGGAUCGGACUGGGGGUCAAGCCAGAGCUGGGCCGUUGAAGGAUGUGAGACUCAGAAGCCAGAGGUUUUAUGUCGGCACUGCGGAAUCAGUGAGAAGUCAACUCCAAUGAUGCGACGUGGACCUGAAGGGCCAAGGACACUUUGUAAUGCAUGUGGACUAAUGUGGGCAAACAAGGGAGCUCUUAAAGAUUUAUCCAAAACCCCUCCUCCUCCUCAAAAAGCCCAUAAUCUGUCUGCGAAUACGAAUGACGAUUCAAAUCUUGAGGCUGAUCAAAUGAUCGUAGGAGCCGAGGACAUUAGCAACUCUCACAGUGAGAACUGA